GGGCUUUUAUUGUACACUUAAAAAAUGGCGGCGUCCAUGGCCGGUGUUUUGGAUGAAAAUCUGAGAGAAAAAGUGAUAAACAGCAAAAUUCUUGUUGUAGGAGCUGGUGGAAUCGGUUGUGAACUCCUCAAAAACCUUGUCCUCACAGGGUUUGUGAAUAUUGAAACGAUUGAUUUGGAUACCAUAGAUGUCAGCAACUUGAACAGACAGUUCUUAUUCCGAAAAGAGCAUGUUGGAAAAUCAAAAGCACAGGUUGCUAAGGACAGUGCUCUCCAGUUCAAUCCAGAUGCCAGCAUUAGGGCUUACCAUGACAGCAUCACCAGUCCCGACUAUGAUCUGGAGUUCUUCAGGAAAUUUGACAUUGUUAUGAAUGCACUGGAUAACAGAGCUGCCCGUAACCAUGUGAACCGUAUGUGUCUGGCAGCUGACAGGCCCCUGAUUGAGAGUGGGACUGCAGGCUAUCUAGGUCAGGUGUCAGUCAUCAAGAAAGGUCUGACAGAGUGUUAUGAGUGCAUACCCAAGCCUCCACAGAAGACUUUCCCAGGCUGCACCAUUAGGAACACACCCUCUGAGCCCAUCCACUGUGUAGUCUGGGCUAAACACCUAUUCAAUCAGCUGUUUGGGGAAGAAGAUCCGGACCAGGAUGUAUCACCAGACACUGCAGACCCUGAACUCACAGCUGAUGCCGGUCAGAAGGCCCUGGAGACAACAUCAGCGCCGGAAGGGAAUGGCAGACUGAAGAGGGUCUCUACACGAGCCUGGGUGGAGGGCAUCCAAUAUGAACCCCAGAAACUGUUCAACAAAAUGUUCCGAGACGACAUCAAGUACCUGCUAUCCAUGGAAACACUCUGGAAAAAGAGACGACCUCCAACCCCUCUUGACUGGGACAAGCUGCCUAACACAGUGGAUGGGGUGGUACCUAAAGACACUAUACAGGACCAGCGCCAGUGGUCUGUGCAGGAGUGUGCCAAUGUGUUCUCUCGCAGUAUCAGGAUCCUGCAGGGACAACUGGCUGAACGAGAGGACGGGGGAAUGUUGGUCUGGGACAAGGAUGACGAUGCUGCCAUGGAUUUUGUGGCUGCUGCAGCCAACAUUCGAGCUCAUAUAUUUGUAAUAGCUCCAAAAACAAGAUUUGACAUCAAAUCUAUGGCAGGCAAUAUCAUUCCGGCUAUCGCCACAACCAACGCUGUCAUCGCUGCCCUUAUAGUCAUGGAAGGUCUCAAAAUCCUCAAUGGAGACAUUGAAAAGUGCAAUUCUAUCUAUUUGAAUCGCCAGCCUAAUCCCAGGAAGAAGCUUCUAGUCCCGUGUGCUCUCGAUAAACCAAAUCCAAAAUGCUAUGUGUGCGCACCAACGAACGAAGUCACAGUGCUUCUUAAUGUAGAGAAGAUGAUAGUGAAAACAUUUGAGGAAAAGGUUCUGAAGACUGGUCUAGGAAUGGUGGCUCCAGACGUGAUGCUAGAAGAUGGAAAAGGAACAAUAAUUAUAUCUAGUGAAGAAGGAGAGACAGAAGAAAACGAAGAGAAGUUUCUGAGUGAGUUUGGUGUACGCAACAACAGCAUCCUCAAGUGUGAUGACUUCCAGCAGAGCUAUGAGCUCACUCUGAUCAUAGUUCACAAAGAGAAGCUGGAGGAGGACCAGGAGUUUGUGAUUGUUGGAGACGUCUCAGAACUGCAGGCCAAGUCUGAGACAGACACUGGGACCAAGGCAGAAGGGGCAAGCAAUGGUGCCUGCAAUCAAACUGGGGAUAUUGUUGUUGAGGAAGAUGAUCUCAUGAUAGUAGAAGAUGACCCUGUAGAGACGGGGACCCAGAAACGCAAACUGGAGGACCAGGAUGAUGAGACGGGCCCUCCAUCAGCCAAGAAAAAGAGACUCUCCGCUGACAAACAUGCAAGCACUGAUGAUGACGUUGCCAUGGUUUCAUGAAAGGACUUGUGUUGGAGUUUGCAGUUGGAGAAACGUUUUGGAACACAAUAUUCUGUUAAUACUAGUAAUAGAAUGCUGUUUAAUAGGACAUUUAAGAUUUACAUGUAUUGAUUACUUGGGCCUAAAGUGACAAAACAGUUAUAUAUUUAAUUCAAGUUGAAUUAAUUAUUGAAUGUAAGUGCUGUAGUUCUGACAGUCAUCAAAGAAAAAUGUUCUUGAACAAGCUUUUUUAAAACAUUUUCCAUUGAGCUGGAUAGAAUGUCCGACAGUAAGGGUGGAAUAUGUCAUUGGUCAGAUUGUGGAAACAUAUUGAGAUGAUUGUCAGGGGUCUGAUGGUCAGAUUGUGGAAACAUAUUGAGAUGAUUGUCAGGGGUCUGAUGACAGACUCUGAUUGAGAUGAUUUCAUCCUUUAUCUUACAUUCAUGCUUUAAUUCAGCUUCAAAUUUUGUGUUCACAGAACAUAGUUAUAAGAAUUUGUUAGUUGUCAACUACGGUAUUAUAGUGUAUAAGCAAUUUUGCAUUUUAUUUUUCAAGAAAGUUGAAGAAUCUUAAAGGUUUUAUUUUCCAAUAAAAAUUGCAGUUUUUAAUAAUAGUGUAUGUUGAAUCUGAAAAUAUACCUGUUUUAUUAAACUGAAUCAUAUUGUGAUUUCUUUACUUUAAUCCGUUUUUUUUUUUGAAAAUUGUUUGUCUCACUAAAUAGUUCUUAAAAAAGGAAAAAAACAACACUUGUUUGACCAGCUUGUCCGAAUGAUUUUUGUACCAGGUAGUACAGUUUAUGAUGUAGUUUCAAAUGGAGGAUGAAUAUUUGUUUAAAUGUGUAGUUAUCAGUUAAGUGCUUGUGUACAGUUAUUGAUUGUAUGGCCAAUAAAUGUUCGGUAAUUG